AUGGCAUCGCUUGAGGAGGACGAGGAUCGUGACCUGGCGGGGUCCCAGGACGGCAGCUCUGACAAUGAGAUUGAUGACUCAAUGCGAGAUGUGGACGAUGGAGAGGGUGACAACGAUAAUGACAAUGACAACGACAACGACGCCGAUGCUGACCCAGACGCCGAUCAAUAUCAAGACCAGGACCAAGACCAAGAUCCAGACAGCCCUUCCAAUGCCAGCCAAGCCUCGGAAGGAGCCGGUAUGGCCUCGCAAAACAACCAGGAUACAUCUAUGACAUCUCCAGGGAACAUGCCCAACGCCAUGUCCGAAUCCUUCUCGAUUUACCACCCCAGCGUGCGCCCCGAAUGCCUCACUGCCAAAACCUAUGACAUUGCUCCUACCACAGCCGCGCCGCAUAGUACGUCCAUCAACGCAGUUGUUGCUACAGCGGAUAUGCGCUGGGUGUUUAGUGGCGGAUCAGAUGGUUACGUCCGAAAGUUCAAUUGGGCCGAUUCCAUAAACAGCAAGCUCAUGUUAACGGUGGCCCAAAGACACCCUUUCGUGGAUAGCGUAGUCAAGGCUGGUGUAUUGAUGACAUAUUGGGAGAACAUGGAUGGGAACAACUUGUCGCCAGUGUAUUCUUUAGCAUGCCAAAGUGAAGGGCUUUGGCUGCUCUCCGGCUUAGAAUCAGGUGCGAUCCGACUCCAAACACUACGCCAUGACGAAGGAAGGGAAAUCAUACAGCUGCGACAGCACACAUCUGCUGUCUCCUCCCUCAACUUGACAUCCGAUGAACAAACACUAUUAUCCGGGAGCUGGGAUAAACGGGUGUUUGAUUGGGAUCUCAAUACCGGGCAGGCUCGACGUGCGUUUGGUGGAAGCGCUGGUCAGAUCUCUGCUCUUCAAAUUCGACCAGAAUCCAGUCUGCCAGUCCCUCAAGAUACUAUCGACUUUUCGCAGCCAAAUGGAACGUUCUCUUCGAACUACGGUGCGAGUGGUACUGGGCAAAACAACUUCAUGGAUACGAUGCAGGAUGCCCCAGAGGCAGAUGCCACGGAGAACCCGCAGGCGGGCUCCCCGACAGACUCACUUUUUGGUGGUGCGGAUUCAUUAUUCGGUGAUGCCGACGGAGGAGCCGCAGACGGCGGAGAACCUUCUGGUGGUGUCUUUGGGGUCGACGAGGAUGAUGAGUUUGGCCGCGCAAUGGCAAAUGGACUAGUUGAUGCGGAUGCCCCUGGCGAAGCCGACACGGAGCUGCCGCAGAACGACGCUAUUCCCCCACCAAACAUGGUGUCAGAUCAGGAAAACAUCAAUGCUGACAGCUCUGAUGCAAAUCUCGAGGUACCCCAUGGCAACAAUUCCAUUGAAUUAUCCCAACCGGCUGUAAAUGGUCUUCCUCGAGCAGAGGAUCUGGAAAUCUCAUCACAUGACCACACUAUGCCCGAAGCUAUGCCAACAGAUCAGCCAUCCGGCUCCGACAAUACAUUCCUGGCCGCGUCCAUCGAUGGCACCAUUCGAGUAUGGGACCGGCGGCAGCCUGACCCGGUUGCACGUAUUAGCCCUCGAAAUGUGCCACCUUGGUGUAUGAAUGCCUGUUGGUCUCCCGACGGGAAUUAUAUCUAUGCUGGGCGCCGUAAUGGUACCGUUGAAGAAUUCAGUCUACACAAGGGCCUUCGUGCGGCCGAGCGGACAUUCAAAUUUCCUCAAGGAAGUGGCCCUGUUACAGCACUCAAAGCAAUGCCUAAUGGCCAACAUCUCGUUUGUGCUUCUCAUGACAUUUUGCGUCUCUAUGACUUAAGGCAUGAGCAGACAUCCAAGCAUUCUACCGUGCCCUUCCUCAUUAUCCCUGGCCAUCGGACUGGAACUAUUUCUCAACUCUACAUUGACAACGCUUGUCGGUUCAUGAUCUCUACCAGUGGAAACCGAGGGUGGGAAGGCAACACCACCGAAGUGCUGUUAGGCUACGAAAUUGGGGUUCCACAAUGA